UCUCCAAAAUUGUAUUUUGAAGACAACCAAAAGUAGAACAUUUUCUGGGAGUGGCUGUAUAUGAUCUAACUGUUGGCCAAAGUGAGGAGAAGAGCUGAAGGAGGAAGACAGAGUGUCUGCUGCUGUAAGGAGCAAAGACUGAGGGCUGCAGGAUGAAGACUUCUGGAGCCUGUAUACUGCUGUGUUUCUUAUCACUUUCUUUGUACCCAGCUGACUGGUAUCCAUGGAUGGUACACGGACAAGAACUGGAAACUGUAACUGGUGAUCUUAACACUGACUUUCUUAUCAGCACCUCUGCUGCAGCUGUAACACCACCUGUACUUCUUAGCCCUGUUCAAUCUGACACUGAAACUGCAACAACUGCAUCAGAUUGUCGGGAAGAGCAGUUCCCUUGCACACGCCUUUAUUCUGUUCAUAAGCCAGUGAAGCAGUGUAUCGGCUACCUCUGUGUUACCAGUGUGCGUCGCAUGUACAUAAUAAACAAGGAGGUGUGCUCUCGCAUUGUCUGCAAGGAGAAUGAGGUCAUGCAAGAUGAGAUCUGUCGCCAGCUGGCUGGCCUUCCUUCUCGUCGUCUCCACCGCUCUGGGCAGCCCCUGAAUCGCCCUUGCAGACAGCUCCUGGACCAGCAGCACAGAAGGCCUGAUGCUUUGUAACCUACCAACAGUAGAAGAGAAGAAGGAAGAGAGAGGAGAGAAAUCAUUAUCCACCCAGAAAAUCCGCUGUGUACAACCCAAGACAAGUUCCGCUUGCCUGUUGUGAUUCCCCCACUAUUUUCUGCUUCUGUCUUCCCCCACAUCCUCUUCUUCAGGUACUGCAGGACACAGAGUCCCCUCUCUCCUAUUCUGUUAUGGUGGCUGCUGUCAUCCACUAAAUCUGUUGCUGAUGAUGUGGGGUGCUCUUCUUUUCUCCCAAAUUCUAUUUGCAGGCUGUGGUCAGGUCAUUUCCCAGGGGUCCUUGUAACUGUGCUGCAUCUUCUCUUGUUUUGCCCCUGCAGAGAGGGCGGAAUGGAGACAGGAUGUAGGCUUCUCCCAUGGUACUGAUGCUCUAAGCUGAGUCUCAUGUGGAAGAUCACGAGCCUGUAUGUCCUCAGACUCUUGGCAUAGGUCUCUUGCAUGGCAUCAGCAUGAGUUCUGAUAUGCUUAAUCAUCCUUACUCUUUCCAGUCCUCCUGAGCAACUGAGUUCGCAGUGUGGUAGCACAGUGGUAGGUUCCUCCUGUGUCUGCUGGCCUCAGAGAGGUGAAAGGACUGGAACUGAGCUGUCCUCAAUCCAAGACAAACCUCAUUGUCCCUGUAUGGCAGCAGUUCAUUUAUAACUACCUCUGGGAAGUUCUUUGUCUCAGACCCUUUCCCUCCCUCAUACACAAAUGGAAUCAAAAAUAAGAAUUCUGGAGUUAAUACGGCAUUACAUUUUUUUUCUCAAUAUGAAAAGAUUAUGUUGAAACAAAAUGCUUCCUCUCCUCCCCUCUCUCCUCUUCUCCAUUCUAUCCUUCUUCUACCACUAAUGAAAUCUGUUGUUACGCAUUCCAGGCAAAUUCCAGGGAGCAGGAAAUAUGGCUGCCUCAACUCCUAAGCCCAAGAGAACUCAAAAAAUUCUUUUUGAAUUUUUUGUGUGUCUUAGCAGAACUAGAAACUUGGUUCUACUGGGCUGAAGGACAGAGCAGGAGGCAAUGAAUUAGCUUGUCCUGGUGACUUGUCUUUGUCUGGCUAACUCCGUCCUCUCCUGUUGCUUUCAGUAUCUCCACUUGAAUUCACACCUCCUAACAUUGGAGUUCCUGAACAAAACAGAAAGGAGUCACAAAUUGGGAAAGAAUGGGGGAAAAAUAUCAUUGUCUGAGACCCUGGGUUUUCCUUCAGGUUCUGUGGCUGUGCUGUCCUGCACAGAGCCAGGUGCUGGUGGGGAGAUGGGAAUAUUUGUAGGUAACAGAGAAUAAACACAGGCCAACCUUGGGAAGAGUUCACUCUUGUAGUGCUGGAUGUCUGGUCUCCUGCAGAACUUUGUUUUCCAGGUGUAUGGAAAACUAUGAGAUUACUAUGAGAUUGGAUAGAGUAAGUAGGGAAGAACAGAGCUGUCUGAAGUUUCUUAAUCACUCUAUAUAACUUACAGUGGCAUGAUCACCCAUUCUGUAGGGCACCUCAGCUGAGUAGCUUAGCUCAGCACUGCAGAAGUGAGGCUGGACCCUGUCUGUAUGAUCUCUGACAAAUGUUUUUUCCAGUUAUUAACAGAAAGCCAGUUUGCUAGAAUAGGCAUUCAACCCCUUCAUAUAAUACACCCUCCUGCAGAACUGUUCGCCAUUCAGCUUUACAGGAACAGUGGUCUGCUAGAUAUAGCCAGAGUAACACAAUAUAGGGGACAAUUGGUUGUGCAGAAGUAGAAUUUAUUUUUUAAUAGAAACACAAUUAAAGAGCCUCUCCAUGGGAUUUAAAUUUCUGCUGUAUUGAGCAAGAGGCUGUGUUACAUCCUCUGUGUAGAGAAACAUAACCCUGUGCAGAGGCAGAUUUGUUCUGUGUAAGGACAGGAUUGGCCAUAGCUGGGCUAAAUCUCUCUAUAUCAAUCUGUUAUACAGGAGAAAGAAUUCCAGGUUAGGCAGUGACUGGAAUUCUGUCCUAUAUAUAGGGGCAUAGUGCUCCUAUACAGAAGAUGGUGCUGCUCUUGAGUGCUUGAAACUCAGGAGUCUAGGGAUGGAGGAGGAAUUUCUCUACACUGAGAAUAAGCAUAUUUUUGUAAAGAGGAGGGCACUGCAAGCUUGAUCUUAAGGCCAUUCAAGUGGCAGCCACUGAUUUCUGUAGUGAGAGGCCUGUAGAGUUUGUCUGUGUGAAGGAAGGUAGGGUGGAGAUAAGAUGUUAGGAGCUCUUGGGAAUUGGACUAGACCAAGUCUCCGCUCCGUACUUAAGAGUUGAAUAUAAGCCUAUAUAGAUAUAGAUGUAUAACUGUAUAACAUAGCUACUGUACAGUAUAUAAAAAUUAUAUCUUUCAUACAGUUUGGAGAAUGGUUAGAAUUCUUUCUGCUGCUUGCUUGCAGCAGAAACAGCAAGAGGCUCUCCUUCCCAGGAGAACACUGUUUUAAUGUUAGAGUCCAUAUAAUGCACAUAAAAAAUAUUAAAAGAAAAUUUAUUUCCUGUUGUUAUUGACAGCUCUCAUGUGUUUGAGUUUAUUUGUCUCUAGCUGUAUUUCCGCCAGAUUUGUAGCCAGACUUGACUCCAGCCUGAAUCUGUACUCCUUGUUAGCCCAGUCCUGGGCUGCCAGCUGCCACUUCACUCCUGAAUCACAGGUCUUUCUGAGACCAUUAUUUUUUCUAGAGUUACAGAUAAUUGCCUUCAGCAACUUCUUUUCCAUGCACUUUUGUGCUAGUUUUUCUGGACAGUUGGUAUCUGCUGAGCACAGGGUUAACUCAUGCUGAGGACACAUGUUGUCGCUAAGGAUGUGGCCUGCCUUUCUGAUGGAGAUUUACUGUCUCCAACUACAAUGAUAAGAUGGUUGAAGUAAAAUAAAAGCUGUGAUAUAUCAUCUUAUAACCAAAGAAGAAUGUAUUCACUAGAGCUCAGAAGUAGUGAUAGCUGAAAAAUCCAUUGACUACAUUAAAAAUUAUACAUCUAGCUCAAAAGAAUUAUGAAAAAUUCUCUUUCACUGAAUUUCUGCCUUUCCCACGGAUUGAUCAGGUACAGCAUGUAUGUUAAAUAUCAGCCACAAAGAUUGGAGGACCCAGAACACAGGAGUUUCCAGGGAGCUUUUUUUCCUGUACAAACAGUCAAAAGGACUGAGCUGCAUUUAGUUGUCAUUUCUAGAACAAAAGUGGCUGUGGCCCAAACUACCCAUUAAACUGCUUCUAGCAGUUGCCCGUAAUUCUUCAGGAUCAGAGCAUGGAAUGGACAUCAUUGCACAAGACUAUCCCUUAGAAUCAGUGCUUCUUCCUAGCUAAUGGUGCUGAGUUCAUGUCUCAAAAUAUUACAAUAAUAACAGCCUCAGCCAGAGGGGCCAUAAAUGUUGCUCCCAUCCAUACUUUCCUGAUCCUGCUUUGACUUGUGACUUCUUGUAAUGUCUUGGUAUCAGGACAUUCAACAAGCUGUGUAAGCAGAGUACCAUGUUAUCUGGUUUAACACUGCUGUCUUUUUCAGUUUAUUCAUCCCUUCUGUUGCAGCACUGGAGAUCACUGUCUUCCUCAUGUUCAUUAGUAUUUAUCCUAUGUAUUGAUUUAUGUCCCUUACCAUUCCAACCUCAAUAGUCUUGGUGCUUAGUUGCCUAUCUCUGGACAUUUCCCAUUGUCAGUAGCCUGCUACAGGUGCCUUCUCUUGUAAAUUGGGGAAACAGUUUUAAACACAGUUCCAGCUAAGUCUGUUUCCUGUAAGACUUGGCUAGCCACAAGGAGUGGUGCCAGAGUCCCAUUUUAGAAGCGUGACCUAGAGUUUGUGGCUGAUUUUCAUAAACUCUUCUAACCUGGAGCUGAAGUUACAUGGCCUGCAGUCGCUUCCCACACAAGAACUGUUUUUGCUCAUUUUGCUGUCACCCUUCCUGGUUACUGAUCAGUGUUGUGAAUUUCAAGGCUGCUGUGGCUUGUGCUCUGCUGCCUAACCCUCAGUCUGAAGUGUUACCUUGCUUUGCUAGGCACAGGGAGAUGGAAUUCCCCCUUAAGGGUAGUCAGUCGCACAGACAGGUACUUUGCCUAGAAAGCGAGAUCUCCCAUUUCUUCUCUUCUUUACUCUCCGCCUUUAUUUCCCUCAUCCUCUUUUCAGUCUAUCUAUCUUCUCUGUUCACAUGUUCAUCUCAGAGCAAGAAACAAGGUGAGGAGGACAGUGAGACUGAGGUGGAGUGGAUGUACAACGAGAUGGUGUACAGUAGCCCCAAGUGAGAUUGGGAGUAGUGCUUGGCCUGUGCCAGCUAACCUUUUAUCUUGCACUCUGGUUCUCAUGCACUGUGGCUCCCUGAGCUGUAAAGCUCAGGGAAUUUUCCAAAGAGGAGGACAUAACAGUCAGAGCAGAGAUGGAAUAAUGUCAGCACAGGUCAGUUGUGCAUAGUGAUGGUAUGUGUUAAGGGGUAGGCUCCAGGUUACACAAACAAGGUAGGAAAUGCAGGAAGUAUUUAACACCAAUGUAUUCCACCCUUUGCUGUGCCACUGCUCAGCUCUUGCUGUGGGAAUCCACGAAGAGGCUGUUGAAAAUGGCUGCCAUAUCACAUGGAAGCUUCAUGUUUCAUAGACCUCAUGUACAGGAACCCAGAGUGACGACAGAGUGUGUUGUCAUCAGAUCUCUAAGCUUGGAGGGAUUCCUAGAGAGCAUGCUACUGAUUAAGAUAUGGGUUUGUCCUUCACCAAGGAGAGAGAUGCGUGCAAUCCAUCCAAGAAGACCACUUCCAUUACAUAAAGAACAACUGUACUGAAAUCAAAAAGGACUUCAGAUUUUUAAGGUGAAUGAUCUCAUAACAUUUACUCUUGCUUCACAUGGUCUGACAUUGUUUGUCAGUGUACUUUUCUCCUUAUGUGUCCAGUUGUGAACAGUGCCUUGACUGGUACAAAGGAAAUCUGAAUUCCAUCUCUUUAUCUGCCUGCCUGCAUCUUCACCUGCCUGCUCUGUGAUCUUCAGUAUAUUUUGCUUCAUUUCUCUCUGUUUCUUCACAUCCUUAGUCCUUUUAAUUGUACCAAGCUGGAAUAAACACCCGCAAAAUAGAGAGUCAAUUUUAGUCCUUUAAAGAAAACUAUUAAAAAACAUGCUUGAAAUGACAAGAAUAAAUGCAAUUGUCUAUUUUUACUAUUAUUUUUUUUCCAAAUAAAAAUUUUUAAAACCAA